ACACGGCGGGCGGGGAGAACUCGAGCCAGAGCCUUGAGUGCCGGGCGCGUUUCCGCGAUGGCUUCUGCUCUCAACAGCAAAAUUCACCCGCCCGGGACCUGCCCAGGCUCCAAAGCCGAAGCCCGCGGUGGUGCGGGCUGGAGGGCGGACUGUGAUCCCGAGAUGCACGUGAAAAUGUGCAAGAAGAUCGCUCAGCUCACCAAGGUGAUUUACGCCCUGAACACCCGCCAGGAUGAAGCCGAGACCAGCAUGGAGGCACUUCGAGAAGCGCACCAGGAAGAGCUCCAGAAGGCGGUGGCAGAGACCAAGGCCAGGAUCCUGCAGGAACAAGGCCACACUGAGGAGGAGGAGGCCCUUCUCCAGCGCAUUCAGGCUCUGGAGAGCGCCCUGGAGCUGCAAAAGAGGCUGACGCAGGAGGCUCUGGCAGAGACGGCCUCGUGCAGGCUGGAGACCAAGGAGAGGGAGCUGAGGGUGGAGGCUGAGCAUGCUGAGCGGGUCCUGAUGCUCUCUAGGGAGAUGCUGGAGCUCAAGGCUGACUACGAGAGGAGGCUCCAGCACCUGACAAGCCAGGAGGACACCCAGCGGGGCCGGCUUUCCCAGGAGAGCCCCGACACCAAGGCAGAGCCAGGCCAGGGCCCUGGGAUGCAGGAGGUCCUGCUGGAGGUGGAGAGGCUGCGGAUGGAAAACCAUCAGCUGAGCAAGGACUAUGCCCACAAGGCCGAGGAGCUGCAGGCCACCUACGAGCGGGAGAACGAGGCCAUCCGGCAGGCCAUGCAGCAGUCGGUGAGUGAGGCUCUGUGGCAGUGGCAGGAGAAGGAGUCAGACCUCCGAAAGAACUUCCAGGUCCAGGAGUCGGCCCUGCAGGACCAGGUCAGAAAGCUGGAAGGGGACCUGGAGCACAGAGGCCGCAAGAUAAGUGACCUGAAGAAGUAUGCCCAGAAGCUGAAGGAGAGGAUUCAGGACCUGGAUGUGCAGCUCAGGGAGGCCCGACACGAGAAUUCCGAGUUGAAAAGCACUGCAAAAAAGCUUGGGGAGAAGCUGGCUAUUGCCAAAGACAGACUGAUGCUGCAGGAGUGUCAUGGGACGCAGAAAACUGGUGACGUGAAGACUGAGCUCGUUUUAGAGAAUAAAGUCCUGGGGGAAGCAAAGGACUUGGAAACCCACAGUCUUCGUCCUCAGCAGGAUCAAAGCUCUCCCAAGGAGUGUUCCUGCACAAAAGGAAGCACAGAUACACAGGCCAAGAAAGAGGCAAGCGUUGAGACAGAAUAUAUGAAGCAACAAUAUGAAGAAGAUCUUCGUAAAAUCAAGCAUCAGACUGACGAGGAGAAGAAGCAUCUCAAAGACCAGUUCGUGAAGAGACUGGAAGAAUUAGUAAAAAAGCACACCACGGAAAUAAAAUCAGUUCGCUCCUCCGUGGAGGCUGAAAGGAGGAAGCUGCAGAAGGAAGUAGAAGCACAGUUGGAGGAAAUGAGGACGAAAUCGGAAAAGGAGAUAAAGCAGCUGGAAGAAGAGAAAGAGGCCCUAAACAUGAAGCUCCAGAACUCUCUGCUGGAGGUUUUAAGGCUAGAAGAAUUUAUCCAACAAAAUAAGGUAUGCCCUCAAAGAGCUGAGGAAAGGCCCCAGAAAUUAGACUGCCAACACUGCAGCAUUCUGGAGACCCAG